AUUGGUGAUAUAACUAGUUUUUAUAAAGAAAUAUUUCUAAACAUUCCAAAUCUAGAUAAAAAUUUAAAAGAAAAUCAAUUAAUUGAUCUUCCUUAUAGUGAUAAAACAUUUGAAAAUAUUAAAUCAGGACAUGUUAACGUAAAUAUAUCUUCAAUUAAUUAUUCAUCAAAUAAAAUUCAAACAAAUUCAACAUCGAAUGUUUUAUCAUCAUCGAUUCAAGUAGGUAACCUUUUGUUUUUUUCUUCUAUUAUUGAUUAAAUAAUAUCAUCAAGAUUUAUUUCUUAAGAAAAUAAUAUUGAUUAUUUAUUAUCAAUUGUAUAAUUAAGUAUUUAUUUAAUAUUAUUUCUAAUAAAUAUUGAUCAUGAUAACUAUAUUAUAUUAAUUAUUAUAUUCAACAAUAACAAAUAUAUAUACAAGUUAUUUAAUCGACAACGAAUUAAAAUAUAGACAAUAUAUCGAUUCUUAACAAGAUAAUUCAUUAAAAAACAAAAAGAAAAAAAAGCAGAAGUCGAAUUCUCUAUUGAAUUUUUGAUAUAGAAUUUUUCUUUUUAAUAAAAUCUACGUUGGAAUUAAAUCUUUGAUUAGAUUUCAAAAAAUUUUCAUUAAAAAACGCUAGUCAAAUAAAUCAAAUCUUAGUUGAAUUAAUCGAAAUAGAAUUUAUUUAUUAGAUUCUUCUCUUUUAUAUAAUAUAAAACAAAUAAGAAUAUUUGUCUACAAUUAAAUAAACACAUAAGAGCCAUUUUUAUAUUUCGACCAAUUUUAUUUAACUUAAUUGAAUAAUAAAAUUUAUUUAUUUAUUCAAACAUUUGUUUUUUCUCUCAUAUUAUGUAAAUAUAUGAGAUAAAUAAAUAUUUAGUAAAAUAGUUGUUAGUUGACCUAUUCAAAUAAACAAGUAAUUAACAUAUUAAAAAAUUAAUAAAAUAAUAAUAUUAUUUAUAAAAUUUGUUAAAUCUAAUUGAAUUGAAAUCAUAUGAAUCAUAUUGAAAUUUUUUUCUUUUUUUUUUAAAUAAAUAAAUUCUAGGUGCAAAUGAUACAGUACGAACGACUCGAACUUGAACUGAAGAUGGUAAAUUUUUAACAACUAUUUCAACAAUAUCAAAAAUAAAUAAUUCAAAUGAUGAUCAAGAUAAUAUUCUUAUUAACAGAAAUGAAAAAAAUCUUUUUUUUGGUCAAUUAACAAAUAAUUCUAUUUAAGGAACAUUUUCCGAUGAUUCAAAUUCAAAUUGUUUAACAAAAAAGUUUUACAAAUUGAAAAAGAUCGACAAAAAAUUGAAGAAUAUUGACUUUUUCUUUUUUUUUUGAUUAUUUUAUAUUUGACAUUUAUUAACAAAUAAAUAUAAGAAAAAAAGAACAGUUUGCUAAUUUAAUAUGUAUGGAUUGUUUCAACAUGAAUAAAAACUUCAAUCUGUGGUCUAUCCUAAGAAAAAAAAUCAGCUGGGGUGUGGGUGUGGGUGUGUGGGUGCUAGUUACCAAAGGAGCACACAUGCCCACACCUACACCCAAGAGGAGAUCAAGGAAAUGUUAUUUACCGUUUUAUUCAUACCUAUUUUGUACCUUUAUUACCAUCUAUACAUUGUCUACAUGAUGGCUCAACUGGAGGAGGAGCAUGUACUGAUAAAACAAUCGACUUUUAUUAUAAUCAACCAAAUUUUCUGGCUUGUGCUCAUAAACAAUAAUAAUAAAAUAAAAUCAUGUUCUUUUUUUUUCAAUUUAAACUUUAAAUAAUAAAUUGAUAUCAUUCAUAAAUAAUUACGCGGAAAAUAAGAUGUAAAACUGAUUUGGUAAUUCGACUUGAUAACUGUGCUUCUCUAUUAACUUAACAUUCAAAUAACUGCUAAUAUAUAUGUAUCUCUUUAAAAUAACAAAAAUACCCGAAUCUUGAAAUGUGAGGAUGCUAUUUGAAUCUAAUUUCAAUAUAUUUAUUUGUCAAUUGAUCAAGAUUUUCUACAAAGUACCUGUUGAGAAAUAACUAUGUGG